UACUCAAGGCCAGAUGUCUUAAGGAAUGCUCUUGAAAAGGACAGAGGUGUACAAAAUUAUUUCAGCAACUGAGAAGCAAGCUGGUUUUGGAGAAACCAUACUCUGAGGAUGUUGUUUGCUUUUGGUUAAAAAGAGAAAGUACGGCUGCAGAGGAAGGGCUUCAGGCUAAACGCGCAUUUAGGAUUGCACUGUAAAUAACAAUGUAAUUAGAUUCACCUCAGUCUUGCAGGUGAGACUUGGAGCUUCUUGGCUCCGCAGACAUGAGUGACCCGAGGCAGUCACAAGAAGAGAAGCACAAGCUUGGCAGAGCCUCUUCGAAGUUCAAGGAUCCUCCCAGAAUCAUGCAGUCUGAUGAUUAUUUUGCUCGAAAAUUUAAAGCCAUUAAUGGCAACAUGGGCCCCACCACUUCUUUAAAUGCCUCAAAUCCCACCGAGAGUGGUGGUCCGGCUAACGGUACCCCAGCUGUGCCCAAGAUGGGUGUGAGAGCAAGAGUAUGCGAGUGGCCUCCCAAGAAGGACUGCUCCAAGGAGCUAGCCUGCAAGGCACUGUGGGAAAGCCGGUCUCAGACCAGUUACGAAAGCGUCACGUCCAUCACACACAAUGGGCAAAACGACCAGAGCGAUGGUCAGCAAGAGGAACAGCUUGAUCUAGACUUUGUGGAGGCGAAGUACACCAUUGGAGACAUCUUUGUUCACUCUCCUCAAAGAGGACUGCACCCCAUAAGACAGAGAAGCAAUAGUGAUGUCACCAUCAGUGACGUCGACGCUGAAGACGUCUUAGACCAAAACGCAGUGAACCCCAACACCGGGGCCGCCCUCCACCGCGAGUACGGAAGCACAUCUUCCAUUGACCGGCAGGGCUUAUCUGGUGAGAACUUCUUUGCGAUGCUCAGAGGGUACCGCGUAGAGAAUUACGACCACAAAGCAGUGGCCCCUUUUGGGUUCCCUGAGUUUUUCCCCUGCGAUCCUGCAAUCUCUCCCAGCCUCCAUGCAGCAGCACAGAUUUCUAGAGGAGAAUUUGUCCGCAUCUCAGGAUUAGACUACAUGGACAGUGCCCUCCUCAUGGGGAGAGACAGGGACAAGCCUUUCAAACGGAGGUUAAAGUCGGAGUCGGUGGAAACAUCCCUCUUCCGGAAGCUGCGGACUGUUAAAAGUGAACACGAAACUUUCAAGUUCACGUGUGAUCCGGAAGACGGUCGUCUGGAGCGGGGUGUUCGCCCUUGGAAUUGUCAGCGGUGUUUUGCACAUUAUGAUGUCCAGAGCAUUUUGUUUAAUAUCAACGAAGCCAUGGCAACGAGGGCCAACGUGGGGAAGCGGAAAAACAUCACCACCGGGGCCUCGGCAGCAUCCCAGACUCAGAUGCCAGCAGGCCAGACGGGCACCUGUGAGUCCCCUUUGGGGAGCAAGGAGGAUCUCAACUCCAAGGAGAACCUGGAUGCUGAUGAGGGUGACGGGAAAAGCAACGAGCUGGUCCUGAGUUGUCCGUACUUUCGGAAUGAGACCGGCGGGGAAGGUGACCGGAGGAUCGCCCUCUCUCGGGCCAGCUCGUCAUCGUUCGGUUCCGGGGAAGGCUGCUCCUUCGAGUCCUCUCUGAGCUCCCACUGCACAAACGCAGGCGUCUCCGUCCUGGAAGUGCCCAGAGAAAACCAGCCCAUUCACAGGGAGAAAGUGAAGCGCUACAUCAUAGAGCAUAUUGACCUUGGGGCCUACUAUUACCGCAAGUUCUUCUACGGGAAAGAGCACCAGAACUACUUUGGAAUCGAUGAAAACCUUGGCCCGGUGGCUGUCAGCAUCCGGAGGGAGAAGGUGGAAGACGCCAAGGAGAAAGAGGGGUCCCAGUUCAAUUACCGAGUGGCCUUCAGGACGAGUGAGCUGACAACCCUGCGAGGGGCAAUUCUAGAAGACGCCAUACCCUCUACCACCAGGCAUGGUACCGCACGGGGACUACCUCUCAAAGAAGUUCUGGAGUACGUCAUUCCAGAGCUGAGCAUUCAGUGCCUGAGACAGGCUUCGAACUCACCCAAGGUCUCGGAGCAGCUGCUCAAGCUGGAUGAACAAGGGCUGAGCUUUCAGCACAAGAUCGGGAUCCUUUAUUGCAAAGCAGGCCAGAGCACCGAGGAGGAGAUGUAUAACAAUGAGACAGCGGGACCAGCUUUUGAAGAAUUCCUUGAUCUUCUGGGCCAGCGAGUCCGGCUGAAAGGAUUUACCAAAUACCGAGCUCAGCUAGACAAUAAAACUGAUUCUACAGGAACUCACUCCCUCUACACCACAUACAAAGACUAUGAAGUCAUGUUCCAUGUGUCCACCAUGCUGCCCUACAUGCCCAACAACAGACAGCAGCUUCUGAGGAAAAGGCAUAUCGGAAAUGACAUUGUGACCAUUGUCUUCCAAGAGCCCGGAGCACUUCCUUUCACUCCAAGAAGCAUCCGGUCCCACUUCCAGCACGUCUUUGUCAUCGUCAAAGUGCACAACCCAUGCACCGAAAACGUGUGUUACAGUGUUGGAGUUUCUAGAUCAAAAGAUGUACCACCAUUUGGUCCACCAAUUCCCAAAGGAGUAACUUUUCCAAAGUCAGCAGUAUUUCGGGACUUCCUCUUAGCCAAAGUGAUCAAUGCAGAAAACGCAGCCCAUAAGUCAGAGAAGUUUCGAGCCAUGGCCACUCGAACGAGGCAAGAGUACUUGAAGGAUCUGGCGGAGAACUUUGUCACAACUGCCACUGUGGAUACCUCUGUGAAAUUCAGUUUCAUUACACUGGGUGCAAAGAAGAAGGAGAAAGUGAAGCCAAGGAAGGAUGCCCAUCUGUUCAGCGUCGGAGCAAUCAUGUGGCACGUAAUAGCUCGGGACUUCGGCCAGUCUGCUGACAUUGAGUGUCUUCUUGGGAUUUCCAAUGAGUUCAUAAUGUUGAUUGAAAAGGAUUCCAAGAACGUUGUAUUUAACUGUUCCUGCAGGGACGUCAUCGGGUGGACGUCUGGAUUAAUGAGUAUCAAAGUGUUUUACGAGAGAGGGGAGUGUAUCCUUCUGUCCUCCGUGGAUAAUUGUGCUGAAGACAUCAGGGAAAUUGUCCAGCGAUUAGGAAUAGUGACUCGAGGCUGCGAGACCAUGGAAAUGACCCUGAGGAGGAAUGGGCUGGGCCAGCUUGGCUUCCACGUGAAUUUUGAAGGAAUCGUUGCAGACGUGGAACCUUUUGGCUUUGCCUGGAAGGCUGGCCUUCGCCAAGGGAGCCGCCUCGUGGAGAUCUGCAAAGUGGCCGUGGCCACUCUGACCCACGAGCAGAUGAUCGACCUGCUCCGGACUUCCGUGACCGUGAAGGUAGUCAUCAUCCAGCCCCACGAUGAUGGCUCACCCCGGAGAGGGUGUUCAGAGCUCUGCCGGAUCCCCAUGGUGGAAUACAAGCUGGACAGUGAAGGCACCCCGUGUGAGUACAAAACGCCUUUCCGGAGGAACACCACAUGGCACCGUGUGCCCACCCCGGCCCUGCAGCCCCUGGCCCGGGCCUCCCCGGUCCCCGGCACACCCGACCGACUGCAGUGUCAGCAGCUGCUACAGCAGGCCCAGGCUGCCAUCCCUCGAAGCACCUCCUUCGACCGGAAGCUGCCCGAUGGCACCAGAAGUUCACCCAGCAACCAGUCAUCCUCCAGCGACCCCGGGCCUGGCGGCAGCGGACCCUGGAGACCACAAGCGGCGUAUGACGGAUGCCACUCUCCUCUGCUGCUCGAGCACCAGGGCGCGGGCCCUUUGGAGUGUGAAGGAGCCAGGGAGCGGGAGGACAGCCUGGAAGGAAGCAGGCACCUGGAAACCAAAUGGCAUGGCCCGCCCUCCAAGGUCCUGAGUUCCUACAAAGAAAGAGCCCUGCCGAAGGAUGGAAGUUGCAAGGACUCCCCCAAUAAGCUUUCCCACAUUGGAGACAAAAGUUGCUCCAGUCACUCCAGCAGCAACACGCUCUCAAGUAACACGUCCAGCAACAGCGACGACAAGCAUUUUGGGUCUGGGGACCUGAUGGACCCAGAGCUGCUGGGGCUGACCUACAUCAAGGGGGCCUCCACGGACAGCGGCAUCGACACGGCCCCCUGCAUGCCCGCCGCGGUCCUGGGCCCCGUGCACCUGGCGGGCAGCAGGUCGGUGAUCCACAGCCGCGCCGAGCAGUGGGCCGACUCGGCCGACAUCUCAGGGCCCGACGAUGAGCAGGCGAAGAUGUUCGCGGUGCACAGCUACGCGCCGGCCAUCUCGGCAGGCAGCGCGGCCGACGGCAGCAUGGGUGACCUCAGCGAGAUCUCGUCUCAUUCCAGUGGUUCACACCAUUCAGGAAGCCCCUCAGCUCACUGUUCCAAAAAUAGUGGGUCUCUGGAUACAUCCAAAGUCUACAUCGUGUCUCACAGCAGUGCCCAGCAGGUCCCUGGGUCCGUGUCCAAGCCCUACCACAGGCAAGGGUCAGUGAGCAAGUACGUCAUCGGCUGGAAGAAAUCGGAGGGCAGCCCACCACCUGAGGAGCCCGAAGUGACUGAGUGUCAGGGGCUGUAUGGCGAGAUGGAUCUCUUGUCGGCAGCAGCUCAGCAGACCGUGGUGGGGGAUGCUGCUUCAGAAACUCAACACGUGCUGUCCAAAGAAGACUUCCUGAAACUGAUGCUUCCGGACAGUCCCUUAGUGGAGGAGGGGCGAAGGAAGUUUUCGUUCUAUGGGAACCUGUCUCCGCGACGAUCACUGUACCGCACCCUCUCGGAUGAGAGCAUAUGCAGCAAUCGGAGGGGGUCUUCCUUCGGCAGUUCGCGAAGUUCAGUACUUGACCAGGCCCUGCCCAACGACAUUCUGUUCAGCACCACCCCACCCUACCAUAGCACGCUGCCCCCCCGGACCCACCCUGCGCCCAGCAUGGGGAACCUGAGAAAUGAGUUCUGGUUCUCCGACGGGUCCUUAUCGGAUAAGUCCAAGUGUGCAGAUCCUGGCCUGAUGCCCCUCCCGGACACGGCCACGGGCUUAGAUUGGUCCCACCUCGUGGACGCGGCGCGGGCAUUUGAAGGUCUUGACUCAGAUGAAGAACUUGGGCUGCUCUGUCACCACGCGUCCUAUCUCGACCAGAGAGUGGCGUCCUUCUGUACUCUGACCGAUAUGCAACAUGGGCAGGACCUGGAAGGCGCACCAGAGCCGCCUUUAUGUGUAGACCCAGGCAGCGGCAAAGAUUUUAUGGACACAACUGGGGAGCGGUCUCCAUCCACACUGACCGGAAAAGUCAAUCAGCUGGAGUUGAUUCUUCGACAGCUGCAGACUGACCUUCGGAAGGAGAAGCAGGACAAGGCGGUCCUCCAGGCCGAAGUGCAGCACCUGCGCCAAGACAACAUGCGGCUGCAGGAGGAGUCGCAGACGGCCACCGCGCAGCUGCGGAAGUUCACCGAGUGGUUCUUCAACACCAUCGACAAAAAGUCUUAACCCGGCCCUGGCCCGCGGGGGGGAGCCUCGGGGAGACGCCCCGCACCC